AUGGAGGACUUCCAAAGCUUCAUGCACGGCUUCGCCGCGUCGCCUCACGCGACGAGAAGGGAGAACGAGAGCACGCCGCGGCGACGCGCGAGCGCGAGAGGCGCGAGCGACGCGCGAGGCGGCGGCGACGACGCGCGCGGUGACGGACGCGAGCGAGAUCGCGAAGGCGACGGCGCCGGCGCCGGCGCCGGCGGGAGGAGAGACCCGCGGUGGGCGUCCGAGCCCGUGAGCGGGCAGUCCGCGGCCGCGAACGCGUGCGUGCUCGCGUUCGUGAUCGUCUUCAUGCCGAUGCUGCGAGCGCUGUUCCGAGCCGCGCUCUUGGUCGCCCUCGGCGCGGCGUUCACGAGCAACCCGGGUCGGGACGAGAGCGCCCGCCGACGGUGCUGGGACGUCCUCCUCGACGAACGCCGGCGAAGAAUCAACGAGCGGAACGUCCACGACGCGUCCAACUUGAACGUCGUGCGGAUGAUAAAGAACGCGGUGAACGACAUCGGGGGCGCGCUGCAAGGCCGCAGGGUCAUGGUCGACUUCGUGUUUUGUUCGUUCGCGUACUUGGAGUCAGAGUCGGAGGUGGACGCGCAGUUUUUCGCGGUGGGCGCGUUCGGGUCGUGGCACGUCGUCGAGAUGUCGCGCGUCCGCGGGGUCGUGGAGUGGGCCGCGAGCGCGUUGGAUAGAGCCGUGGAGGCGACGGGGGUGUCUUAG